AAGAGAGGCCAGGCGCAUUCACAUAAAUUCUAAAAGCAUUGGCAAUAGACUUGGUCAACUUUAGUUGGUAUCGAACAUGGAGAAGGGCAGGAAGAGAUCGGCCGUCCUCGUGGGCUGCAACUACGAGGGCACCCAAUACGAGCUCCGCGGCUGUAUCAACGACGUGCGCGCCAUGCGCGAGGCUCUCGUGGGGCGGUUCGGGUUCGAGGAGGGCCGCAUCGAGGUCCUGACGGAUGCGCCCGGCUCGCCGGCGAUGCCGACUGGUGCGAACAUCAGGGCGGCGCUCGGCCGGAUGGUCGACCGGGCGGAGCCGGGGGACGUCCUGUUCUUCCAUUACAGUGGACACGGGACCCGAAUCCCGUCGCCGAGGCCGAGCUUUCCGUUCAAGAAGGACGAAGCGAUUGUGCCCUGCGACUUCAAUCUCAUCACUGAUGUGGAUUUCCGGCACCUGGUGAACCGCCUUCCGAAGGGCGCGACCUUCACGAUCUUCUCCGACUCCUGCCACAGCGGCGGCCUCAUCGACAAGGAGAAGGAGCAAGUCGGCCCGUCGAGCGCCCCCACCCCCCGCGGCGGCGGCGACGCAUCUCUCUCCUCCGCCGCACCGACGAAGCACAUCCCUUUCGAAGCGCUGCUCCAGCACCUCUCGUCCCUAACCCACAUAGCCACCCCGGACAUCGGGACCCACCUGCUCGAGUCCUUCGGCGCCGAGGCGAGCCUCCGGUUCCGCCUCCCGCAGCUCGAAGCGGCGCCCUCCUCCGGUCCGCUGAAGCCCGACGAGGGGAUCCUGCUGAGCGGGUGCCAAGCCAACGAGACGUCCGCGGACAUGAACCCGUCGGCGGAGGGAGAGAAGGCGUACGGGGCGUUCAGCAACGCGGUCCAGACUGUUCUGAGGGAGAACGACCGGAGGCUGAGCAACAGGGAGGUGGUGGUGCUGGCGAGGGAGGUGCUGAGGAAGCAAAGGUUCGAGCAGCAUCCAUGUCUGUACUGCAGCGACGAGAAUGCCGAUGGGAGUUUCUUGGGGCAGCACGAUGAAGAUGACGACGAAGAAGAUGGCGUGCCUUGUUGAAAAAGCUGCGCGAUUUAUUUAAUUACAUCACGUGCGGAAAACUAAUCUUAUACAUAAAUUGCCUUUUUUCAUAUUUGGGAAUUUCAUGUUGAUAGCGGGGCUAUUUAUGCUCUCUCGAAAAUUUAAUCCGUCUUCGAUGUUUUAACAUGUGAUGGUCAAUCUAUAUGUAUUUACUUGAAAUUUGAAUUAUUCUUGGAAUUGUAUUU